GUGUCCCGCCCCGCCGUCCCCGGUGUCCCGGCCAUGCUCCGGCUGCUCCCGCCGCUCCUGGCCCGCCUGGCCCGCGCACAGCCCCGCGCUCCCGUGCGGCGGCUGCGGCGGGGCGGGGGGCCGGCGGUGGCAGGCGGCGGGGAGGAGGAGGAGCGCUUCGUGUUCCUCGAGUAUGAGCCGGACCCGGCUGAGGCGGCGGCGGCGCCGCGGCGGGAGCGGGAGCGGGAGCGGGAGCAGGAGCAGGAGCCGCGGCGGGAGCGGGAGCCGCGGCGGGAACGGGAGCCGGCCAGGCAGCGGCGGCUUCGGGGCACAGCGGCGGGGAUCCCGGGCGUGCCCGACCCGUCGGUGCCGCUGAGCGGCGUGAGCUGCUCGGGCUGCGGGGCCGAGCUGCAGUGCGCGGACGGCGGCGCGCCGGGGUUCAUGCCGGCCGAGAAGUACCGCAGCCUGCUGUCGGAGGGCGCGGCGGGGCUGCGCGGCGCCGUGUGCCAGCGGUGCUGGGCGCUGGCGCACUACGGGCGCGCCCUGCGGCUGCAGCUGCCGCCCGACGAGCACCGGCGGGUGGUGAGCGAGGCGCUGCGCCGGCCGCCCCGCCACGGCCGCGGGCCGCUGCUGCUCUACGUGCUUGACGUGCUGGAGCUGCCCGACCCGGUGCUGCCGCAGGUGCCGGCGCUGCUGGGCCCCGGCGUGCCCGCCUCGGGCGUGCUGGUGGUGGGCAACAAGGUGGACCUGCUGCCCGCGGACGCCCCCGGGCACCUGGGGAGGCUGCGGAAGAGGGUGGCGGAGGCCUGCGCCCGGGCCGGGCUGGCGGGCGCCGCGCUGGUGGAUAUCCGGCUGGUGAGCGCCAAGACGGGCUUCGGCAUGGAGGGGCUGGUCAGCCGUCUGCACCGCUCCUGGAAGUGCGCCGGGGACGUGUAUCUGCUGGGCGCCACCAACUCCGGCAAGUCCACGCUCUUCAACACCCUGCUGCGCUCCGACUACUGCAAGUCCCGCGCCCCGGACAUCGUCGACAGGGCCACUGUGUCCCCCUGGCCAGGAACAACACUGAACCUGUUGAAAUUUCCUAUUAUUAAUCCUACAUGUGACAGAAUAUUCCGAAGGCAGGAGAGGCUGAAAGAGGAGGCAACAAAAACAGAAGAUGAGUUAAGCAGUGAAGAAAAAAAGUACCUUAAUCACCUUAAAAAGCAAGGCUACCUGGUGGGAAGAGUUGGAAGAACAUUUCAACAGCAGAAGGCUAGCCCUGUGGUUGAAUUUGAUCCUGACAUGCUCUCCUACAGCAUGGAUGAAGAUCCCAAACAUUCCCCUAAGAAGCGUGAGAAAAGGGAGGAGUUCACACACAAUGAAGUGAAGGAUGCUCGCUGGUGUUUCGACACUCCAGGAAUUGUAAAGGAAGACUGUGUUUUGAAUCUCCUAACAGAGAAAGAAGUAAAGCUGGUUUUGCCAACAGUUGCCAUUGUUCCACGGACCUUCAUUCUCAAGCCAGGAACGACCUUGUUUUUAGCAGCCUUGGGACGUAUAGACUACUUACAGGGAGAAAAGUCUGCCUGGUUUUCUGUCGUGGCUUCUAACCUGUUGCCAGUCCACAUCACUACCCUGAGUAACGCAGAUGCCAUCUACGAGAAGCACGCUGGCCGAGAGUUACUAAAGGUUCCCAUGGGUGGGGAAGAGCGAAUGAAAGAGUUCCCCCCACUUGUCCCUCAGGACAUUACACUGAAAGGAAUUGGUACCACUGAGGCAGUUGCAGAUAUCAAGCUUUCCUCUGCAGGAUGGGUGGCAGUGACAGCUCAUGCAGAAGAGGAAUUGCUACUCCGAGCUUAUACUCCCAAGGGCACCGCGUUGGUGGUGCGGGAGCCUCCCCUUUUGCCUUACAUCAGUUCCAUCCGAGGGUCCCGGAUCGCAGGCACCGCUGCCUACAGGACCAAAAAGCCUCCCUCCCUUGUGGAAAACCUGAAAACCACGGGGAGCAGAUAGCACUUCUUGUCAUCUGAACAAGGCAGAAGACAGAACAGCCUCUGGAGAACCUUGUUGCUUAUUGAUAUUCAGAAGACCUUGGACUCCUUUUAAAAGGCAGACAGGCAUGUUUUGGAAAGCAGGUGUAGGGGGAGCUCCAUAAGUUCAUACCUGAUGCAGUUGCUGAACUGCAGCCAUUUUGAAUGAGCUGAGUGGCUGGUACCUUGCUGUGAGAGGUGAAACAGCUUCUCCCUGGGAUCUGCCAGUAUCUAUGAGCAAAUCCCUUUACCUGUCCCCUCUUGAAAUACAGGAUGGAAACUCACCUGCCUGACCUGGGCUGGCUCCACUGCUUGUAGAGUAGACAGCUUGUUGCAGACACGCUCCUUCAGGUCAGAAAUUGUCACCUUGUUCUUGGGGGCUUUACAGUGUUUCCACAGUUACCGAGGUGGAGGGAAUUGGAAAGAACGGGGAAUGCCCUGUCAUGGUUGUGACUCUCCUCAUUGUGGUGGCUGAUACUGAUUCAACAUCGACCUUUCACUCCUUCAGAAUCUGAGGCAGAUGAAGAUGUGCAGCGCCCUGCUUUUGGACACAGGAGAGGUGAAUCAAUGAAAAACAGGUCUGCAGAUGUGCGUGAAGAGGAAACUUACAACUCACUGCUUUGAUUUGAUUUCUGCAGAUUGUGUAAAGUUUUUGAAACUGAGGGUGUAAAAUAAAACUUUUCAAAUACA